AACAGCAAGGAGGUAGAUGAAGCAUCCAAGCCACUAAUGUGAGCACUGCAGGUCAGGAGCUGGAUAAAGGAUGGCAGCAGUACUGCUGAUGGACUAAUCUGGGGCUUCCCUUUCAUAAGUGGCAGGGACACAGCGGAUGCAUCAUGCCAGGGUGUGUGUCAGAAGGCUGUGAGGACUGCUGAAGAUGUCCGAUAGUGUGGAUAUUGAAGAGAAACCUCCAGCCCCCCCUCUUAGAAUGAACAGUAAUAAUCGUGAUUCUUCAGCACUAAAUCACUGCUCAAAACCACUACCAAUGGCACCCGAAGAAAAGAACAAGAAAGCCAGGCUGCGCUCCAUCUUCCCAGGAGGAGGGGAUAAAACCAACAAGAAGAAAGAAAAGGAACGCCCAGAAAUCUCCCUUCCUUCAGAUUUUGAACACACCAUUCAUGUGGGCUUUGAUGCUGUGACGGGAGAAUUCACUCCAGAUCUCUGUGGUUCACAGAUGGGCUCAGGGAAACUCGCAGAGGGAAUCCCAGAGCAAUGGGCAAGGCUACUUCAAACCUCAAACAUCACCAAACUGGAGCAGAAGAAGAACCCUCAGGCUGUGUUGGAUGUCCUCAAAUUUUAUGAUUCCAAAGAGACCGUCAACAACCAGAAGUACAUGAGCUUUACCUCUGGAGAUAAAAGUGCACAUGGAUAUAUUGCUGCUCACUCUUUGAACACAAAGACUGCAUCAGAGCCUCCUUUAGCUCCUCCAGUAUCAGAAGAAGAGGAUGAAGAAGAAGAAGAAGAAGAAGAAGAAGAGGAGGAAGAAGAUAAUGAGAUUCCUCCUGUAAUUGCCCCACGUCCUGAGCAUACAAAAUCUAUAUAUACUCGUUCUGUCAUUGAACCUGUGGCUGUUCCUGCUCCAGCCAAAGAAGCCUCUACUUCUCCAGUGACUACCCAGCCAGAGAACUCAAGCACGAGCACUUUGUACAGGAAUACUGACCGGCAGCGCAAGAAAUCAAAGAUGACAGAUGAGGAAAUUCUUGAGAAACUAAGAAGCAUUGUAAGCGUAGGUGAUCCUAAAAAGAAAUACACGCGAUUUGAAAAGAUCGGCCAAGGAGCAUCUGGCACAGUGUACACAGCUAUAGACAUUGCUACAGGCCAAGAGGUAGCAAUAAAGCAAAUGAACCUGCAGCAGCAGCCCAAAAAAGAAUUAAUUAUUAAUGAGAUCCUGGUCAUGAGGGAAAAUAAAAAUCCUAACAUUGUGAAUUAUUUAGACAGUUAUCUGGUGGGGGAUGAACUCUGGGUAGUGAUGGAGUACCUAGCUGGAGGGUCUCUGACAGAUGUUGUAACAGAAACUUGUAUGGAUGAAGGACAAAUUGCAGCUGUUUGUCGAGAGUGCCUACAAGCCCUGGACUUCUUGCAUUCAAACCAAGUCAUACACAGAGAUAUUAAGAGUGACAAUAUCCUUCUUGGGAUGGAUGGAUCAGUAAAACUUACGGACUUUGGUUUUUGCGCUCAGAUCACGCCUGAGCAGAGUAAACGGAGCACAAUGGUGGGCACACCUUACUGGAUGGCACCUGAAGUGGUAACAAGAAAAGCCUAUGGACCCAAAGUUGAUAUUUGGUCUUUAGGAAUCAUGGCCAUUGAAAUGGUUGAAGGAGAACCACCUUACCUUAAUGAGAACCCUCUCAGAGCACUGUACCUGAUAGCUACCAAUGGAACCCCAGAGUUGCAGAACCCAGAAAGGCUGUCCGCUGUGUUCAGAGACUUCCUCAACCGAUGCCUAGAGAUGGAUGUGGACAGGAGAGGCUCUGCCAAGGAGCUUCUACAGCAUUCAUUUUUAAAACUAGCCAAGCCUCUCUCUAGCCUGACUCCACUGAUCAUAGCAGCAAAGGAAGCCAUUAAGAACAGCAGCCGCUAGCUACGGUGGACACAAAGCUGUAGCCUCUGCAUUAGAACACAGGACUCGGCAGAAUCAGAAAACCUCAUCCCCUCACACAGCAGGAUAACAAGCUAAGCAGCUACUGUCGUGGGGAGACAUAACCCACCAUGAUGCACCUACUCGUGUCUUCUACCUGCCCUUAUGGAUUCCUUAAACUUUUUUUCGUUUUGUAAGUAGGAACAGAACUACAACAUUCAACUUGGCACGUUGGAAAUUGGUGCUGCACGUCCGCACGUUGAUCCCCUGCAGAAAUUUUCCAUAGAUGGGUUGUACAUUCAUAAGGAUUAAACAAUUUUUUUUCCAUCUGGCUUUUUUUUUUUUUUUCUUUUUUGCUUUAUAUUUAAAGAAACAAAAAACUAAAAAAAAAAAAUCUUUCUGCAUUUCCAAAUAUGCAGCAACAUUGACAGGUCUGUCGGUCUGUGUAGACCUUACCAUCUGAUUACUCUGAUAGUCUUAUCUCCAUGUUUAUCAUCACGGGGUUGGUUUACUUGCGGUACGAUUUUGUAUGUGUGAAUAACCAUGUGACUUGGGAAGGUACACCUUGAUGCA